AUGUCUCAUUUUUUUGAAGAAUUACAUAAAAAUCCAAGUGAUAAAUUAAAACAACAAGAACAUUGGGCUCCAGAUCUUAUUUCUGUAUGUGAAAAAUAUUUUGAAAUACCUAAAUGUGAGUUCAAAAAAACUCCAAAACAAAUAAGAAGGAACAAGAACACUCAUAAAGCAAAAGCUCAAUUGGAAAUUCUAGAUAGUAUUUCCAAUUCUGAUCUUAGGCAUUCAAUUAAUGAAAUUUGCCAAUGCUUUGAAACUGAUCUUAAUUCUUCUGAAGUUUCUGAUGUUAAAUUAAAUGAAGAAAAAUGUGAAUUUACUGUAAUUCAGAUUCCGUAA